AAAAUGGCCGUUGGGGGCGACGCGGGGCCUCUGGUCUAGGGGGUCCGCAGAUAAAAUACCCAGAAAUUAUUUUUUUCCCGCGGCUUAAAGCAGCCAAUCAGCGCGCGCGGCGCCCGGUUGCCUGGUGUCGUUAGCAAGCGGGAAGUAUGGCGGCGGCAAGGAGCGAGGCGGCUCCGUUGGCUCUGGGAGCCAGGGAAGGUUCAGUAGUUAAUUGGUCAGGCCAGGGGUUGCAAAAGUUGGAUCCAACAUUACCCUGUGAUGCUGACAUUCAUACUCUAAUUCUGGAUAAAAACCAAAUAAUUAAACUGGAACACCUGGAGAAAUGCAGGAACUUACUGCAGCUGUCAGUAGCCAACAAUCGACUUGUAAGGAUGAUGGGUGUGGCAAAACUGACUCAGCUCCGGGUACUAAACUUGCCUCACAACAGUAUUGGUUAUGUGGAGGGGCUAAAGGAUCUGGUGCACUUGGAAUGGCUAAACCUGGCAGGAAAUAACCUUAAGACCAUAGAUCAGAUCAAUAGCUGCUCAUCUCUUCAACAUCUUGAUUUGUCAGACAACAAUAUACCUCAAAUAGGAGAUCUCUCCAAGCUUUUGUCUCUAAAGACUCUGCUGCUGCAUGGAAAUAUUAUAACCUCACUUCGUAUGGCACCUGUUUGCCUACCUCAAAGUCUGACUAUUCUCUCUUUGGCAGAAAAUGAAAUCAGAGACUUAAAUGAGAUUUCUUUCUUGGCUUCCUUUCCUGAGUUGGAGCAGUUGUCAAUCAUGAAUAACCCUUGUGUGAUGGCCACACCUUCUAUUCCUGGAUUUGACUAUCGGCCAUAUAUUGUCAGCUGGUGUCUGAAUCUUAAAGUUCUGGAUGGAUAUGUGAUUUCUCAGAAAGAGAGUUUGAAAGCAGAAUGGCUUUACAGUCAAGGUAAAGGACGAUCAUAUCGAUCUGGCCAGCAUGUUCAGUUAGUCCAGUAUCUGGCCACUGUUUGUCCUCUUACCUCUACAUUUGGUCUCCAGACUGAAGAGGAUGCCAAACUGGAAAAAAUACUGAGUAAGCAGAGGCUCCACCAGAAGCAGUUGAUGUACCAAAGCCAAAAUGAAGGGCCGCCUACAUCCUCUACUCCCAACAAAGUGGUGCCUGCUACAUAUGAACACAACAGUUCAAUCCAAGGGCCCCAGAUAAUUCUUGAAAGUGAACCUGUUAUCCAAAGGAAUUCUUGGGUUGGGCCAGGCUCCAGUGAUGACCAUUCCUAUGCAGUUAAGAAUGUCUUUCCAGCUUCAGUGCAAGCUGAAAGAAGCUGUCGCAAGGAGCUGUACCUGGAGGACAUACAGACUGACGAAGACAAAUUGAACUGCAGCCUUCUGUCCUCAGAGUCUACUUUUAUGCCAGUUGCUUCAGGACUGUCUCCAGUAUCUCCCACUACAGAAUUAAGGCUACAUGGAAUCAAUUUGAACCUAGAAGAUGAUGAUAAUACGGUGAUUGUAUUUGUGAAAGAGGUCAAUAAAGUUGAGGAUGAUAACAAGCAGGAAAAUACUUCUUGGAUUACAAAAGAGUGUUCCAUCAAAGCAGCAGAAACUAUGGAAACUCAAGAGGAAGAUAAUGAGGAUGGAAUAUUGACUUCCCCUAGUCCAGCAACAGUCACUGCUAACCCAACUGCUAGUAUUAAUGACUGUUUAGCAUCUUCUGUUGACCAAGUUCUGUGCAGCCACCUCAAGCCACCAUUAACGGAUGAUGAACCAUUAAUUAAAAAUCUUUAUAUUGACCAAACUAUAGAGAGAAAUUCUACUGAUGCAUCAGCUGCUGUUGACCAAGAUGCUGAACUUCAAAGAAUGAACAAAGCGGCCACCAUGCUUCAGGCCUGCUGGAGGGGAUUCCACACCAGAAACUACCAUCCCAGAGCCAAGGAAGUGCGUUAUGAAAUUCGGCUAAGCAGAAUGCAAGAGCAUAUUGUUUUCUUAACUGAUGAAAUAAGAAAAUUAAAAAAAGAAAGAGAAGAAGAGAGGAUUCAAAAACUUGUACAAGAGGAGGCUGUCAGAUACCUUUGGAACCAGGUUAGAUCCCUUCAGCAGUGGCAACUUUCAGUGAACCAAAACCUUAGCACUUGGCAGCAUGGUGUUUCUGCAUCAAGUACUUUGUGUCCAUCCAAACUAUCUGUCCAGUCAUCCGGGCUCAAUCAAGAAACCUCUCCUGUUGGUAGUUCUACCUGGUUGGUUUCAGCUACUGAAGCUCUUCAUGAGAAAACUUUACCUGAGUUCCCAGACUCUGGCUUUCACUCCUCCAUAACUGACCAAACUCAUGUUAAUGACUCUCAUGGCUCUGAAAAGAGUUCCACAGAAGGAAGUGAGAGCUCUCUGAUUGGGAAUUCUAUAGAAACAGUCAAACAGUGUGGCGAUCCUGUCUCAGAAUGUAUUUCAGAUACAGAGGAUGUCCAGGCAGACCAUGAGGAAUGGAGUAAAGAGAGCUCAAAUAGUGAGCAGGACAGUAGUCUUCUCCAACAAUACUUGAUGUCAGUUCAGCAGCUAGAAGAGGCUGAUGACCGGACAAGUUGCAGUGAUGGGACAGAAAGGAGUAGGCCACAGACAGCUGCAUCAGCAGAAAAACCGUAUGCUUUGUCUGAUGCUGUUUCUAUAAAUGUCUCUCAAGACGUACCUUCACCUGCACAAAAUGAAAUUAAUCAGACACCAGAAAGUUGCAAAUUGAAUUCAGGAGUAGUGGAAGGGAAGCAAACAGAAUGUGAUGCUUCAUUUCAGGUGCUGCCUGUUGGCAUAGCUGUGUAGUAGGCUUAGCUCCAUGGAAAAUUAGGGAAUACAGUCAUAAUUGUUUUUUUGCCAUUUAUACAGAAUUUGUAUUCUUUUCAUAUAUUCUAUUCUGGAUUCCUAGACCCAAGUUACCAGAAAGGCUUAACUUUUAAUAGCAUCUUCCUAAAUCUUCUAAUUGAAUGUUGAUGCUAACUAUGCUAAAUUGAAAUGAGCAAAGUUCUCUGGUGGACAUUACGCACUUUAUUUCUUAAUGACUCUUGUAUCUUAAUAACUGUUUUUCAUAAAAUAUAAUUCAAAGGAUUAUGAUCUUUUCCUAUUGGCUCAAUUCAGCUAAAGUAGAUAAGUUUUAGUAAGUUUUUAUUUUUCCUAAAAGUCAGAGCUUGAGUUUAUGUUCUGUAAAAAUAAGGAAACAGCAUGGGGAAAGAUAGAAAUAGAGGAAGAGUGAAGACUAUCUGUGCAUGUAUCAGUAUAAACUGACAGGAAAAAGGAGAACAGAAUCCCUUAAUAGAGUUUCUGUGGACCUGAACUUAGGUAUCUGUCAAGAUUUUCAAAAGUAAGUGCUCUAAAACUAGAAUCCCAAGUUACCGACAGGACAAGUUGCAAGUGAUGGGGCAGUAGGCCAGAGACAGCUGCAUCAGCAAAAAAACAAGAUUCUUUUAUGUUUUCUUUUUUAAAGACAAUUGAAACUCCUGAGUGCUCUGCACCUUUGAAAAUAGGCCAUUUAUUUAGAAGCUUAAGUAUGGACUUAAGAGAGUCAAAUUUUAGGGAUGCAUUUUUAAAACAAGUCUUGACCCUUGUCUCCCAUACGGCCCAAUCGUACUGUCCUUUCUCAGGUAAGACUCAUGCUAGAGUCAAUGGCAGUAUUUCGUGACUAAGGGCUCCAAGAGGACCUAGUGACAUAAGCAUAUACAGUGUCCCUCUCUGCCAAGUGAACUGCAGCAAUGUGUGUAGGAACAAGAUGAAAACAUAGUUCUGGAGGGAGCCAUACUGGUGUGGUUAAAGUGGGAGGCUUGGUGACCUGAUUAGAAGUAUUGAACCUCCACAAGGAUGGCCCUGUUAUCUGCUGGUAUCUUAGGUGUAAAUAUUAGGAGGAAAUUCCAUGAGUUGAAACUGUUUUCUGCCCCUGUGUUGUUUUUUUUCCCCAUGUAAAGGAGCAUUAAACAUUUGACACUAAUUGGUUUUAAAUAUUAAUUGUAAACCUGUGUGUGUCUGAAUGUGCUGAUUUAGUUUUGCUACACCUUCCUUUUAAACUCCAGGGAAGCAGUGACAGCAGAUAAAUUUUAAAUGGCAGUUAGGCAUAAUACAGACCCCACUUUAUCCUGUUAUACCUCGUUCAGGGAAAUAAAAUAAUCUUCAGUAUGGCACAAAAGUAGCAAUAGAAAAUUAUUGUGCCAUGUAAUCGGGAAAGGUCAUCAGUAAAAUAAAAAAAAAUCAGCAAACGCACUGUAAGGCUGAACCUCCAGAUCACUAGUAUUGCAUUUUGCAACAUGAGAGAUCGAUGCUUUUUGAAUUAUUUGUGUGAAUUUCUCUGAGGUCAAGGCAACUAAUCACAUGAACAAAGAUAGUUUUCAGAAGGUCAGUUAUUGCUUUUUUAAAUGUAAAGUGAUUUUUCCAAACAUGUCACCCUGUUAAAUUCUGGAGAUUAUUAUUUUUUAAAGGCCUUCAUUCCCGGUCCCUAUUAGGUCCUGAGGAUGGAAUUCACCCCUGUGCAGACAGCUGGCAGAAGGCCAGUGAACCAUUUGAGUCCCCAAAAUAGAGCUGAAGUGGAACUCAAGUAGUGUAUGGGCCUUUUACCAGCCCUGUGGACAGGUGUGAAGUUCACCUUGAAAGAAUAAAGCUUAUCUUUAUAUAUAGUACAACCUUCUUUUUUUCCAAAAGUCAUGGGGGAUGUUAUAUAAGUACUGGGUAAUCUGGGAAUUCUUGUUGUAAUUAAGAAGCUAGGGCACUUGACUCUAUUUUGAAUGAGAACAUUUAGAUAAUUGAGGUUGAAGUAUAUUAAAUAUACAUCUUGCCUCCUCAUGCUAGUUAAAAUAUAUCUGUAGUGUAAUUGGGUUGGCAUUUAGUUGAUCUAAGGAGAUGUGAGAUCUUUACUUCCAUUGAAAUCAAUGGCAGUUGGAGAUCUCUGCCUCUUUCAGGAUCGGGCCCUUGGGGGGGUUGUUUUUGUAUCAAUCUGGUGUGGAACUCUCAUGUCUCUCUUUAAAGGGACUUGGAGUGUACCAUUAAGUGUGAGAAGAUUUCUCUCCUGUACACGAAACAGUUGCCAAAUCUUGAAAGAAAUCACUAAGUGGUGACUGGGUGGAAGUGUCAAGUUCUCUCUCUAGUGACAGAAUGUCAGUGUAAUAGAUCAUAUAUUGAAAAAUAGUUAGAGCUCUCUUAAUUUCUUUGGAUAAGAACAGUAUCAAUUACUGAAGACUUCAAUUUUGCUAUUUUAUAUAAAAGUGCCUCAUUUGCUGCCAGGAACUAAGCUGAGAAGAGUCAACAUAUGUUGUGUAAGUGCCAAAAGGUAAUACCUCCAUACAACUAAUUUUCCAUGGAAGCCAUAGAAGUUCAUAGUAUUCCCUGUAGUAGUGGGACUUGCAAACACAAAUGCAUGAAGACUUUUAUUUUACCCAAUAUCUGUAUCAACUUUUACUUGUAACCUGUACAUCCAACUCUCUAUAUAACAUCCAAAAAUCUUUCAUUUCUGAAGUUAUAGCAAAAUAUAUACCAACGUAUAAUAUUCAGCUGUAUCUUGUUACUUUUUCAAAAGCUUUGAAGCACAAAAUAUCUCUUCUGUUAUUGUGCGGUAUAUCUUGCAUGUGUAGAAAAUAAAUUGCCUAAAUUUAGCAUAUAUAAACAUUAGAGAGAGAGAGAGAGAUUUGGAUUAAUAGCUUUUGCAGGAUUAAAAGUAAUUAGUUGUACAUAAGCAAAAAUGUAUUGUGUUGAGGAGCAGCAUGAAAUAAAAGGCUAAAUAAUACCAUAAAUAUGGAAAGGGAAAGUGAUAACGAAAGAUAAAGCAGAAAAAUAGCAAAUAAAAACAUGAUGUAUGCUAAAAUAGGCUUAGCUGAGCUCACGUAUUCUCAAUAAGCGAUUUUUGUAAUUGUGUCAUACUUUAAUUUAUGGCUCAAUAAUGACUUUUUCUUAGAGGGAAUAAAAUUUUAAAGAGUAAUUCGGUCAAUUCUGGGAUAUGUGUACACAAGUCCUAGUUGGGGUCUGUGUUGUUUUGGUUUCCUUACACUAUUUCUACAUUUUUAUGAUCGAAGAAGACAGUUUAUUUUAAUUUCCUCUUCAUGUAAUAAGUGAUAGACUGUGAAUGUUCACAGGGAGACCAUUUCAAAAUCUAUUUAGAGAACAAUGGAUUUAUAUAUUGUAUUAAGUACUCUCUUUCCUUCCUUAGAAAGAAAAGUGGGGAAAUUCCCCAUUGGAGAAGACAGAUAGAUCACCAUUUCGCUUUUCUUGUAUGAAACUUAUGUAAUGAUUACUAUAGUGCAUUCCUCAGGUAUCUAGAAUUGUCAUUGAAGUCAAUGGGAGUUGUGAGUAUAUAAGGAGUUUAGAAUCUGUUGCUCUAGAUACUUGGGUGCUGACUAAUCUGUCCUCUACACUCUCCCUCCCCCUUUAUUCUGUUUGGUAAACAAAAUGAAUGAGUGCUCUAAGGCCUUGGCUACACUGGUGCUGUACAGCGCUGCAACUUGCUGCGCUCAAGGGUGUGAAACCCCCCCCGAGCGCAGCGCUGUAAAGCGCCAGUGUAAUCAGAGCCUGCAGCGCUGCACGCUACUCCCCUCGGAGAGGUGGAGUAUACAGCGCUGCGAGAGAGCUCUCCCAGCGCUGGCGGCGCGACUACCCUCAUGCUACACAGCACUGCCACGGCAGCGCUGUGAAUUCUCAAGUGUAGCCAAGGACUAAGAGGGAGAGCUUUUCAAAAGCAUGAAGCAGUGGUCUAAUACUGCUCCCAUUCACUUCAAAGGAAGCAGAGUUAGGCUUACACUGAGUGCUCUAGCAAAUCCCAUCUUUACAGAAAUGCUUUUCCCACUGUGCAGGGAAAACAUUAAAAUUACAAGUUUGGUUUGAUCAUUCUAAAACACAAAUAUCACUGAACAAAUGGCUGUGGAAGCCUUUGAUAGGUUAAUUGGUGCAAGUGUAACAACUUUUAUAGAUUUAUUUCUAGGAGACCCCUAACAUGCAUGCUACACCUAAUAAGAAAGUGUACUUAUCAGCCAAUCUGUGUGUGUGUGUGAAUAAGCUCGUUUUUCGGAAUAAUGUAGAAUGCCAUUGAGCUUGUUCAUGAUUAUAUUAUUUUAAAAGUAUAUUGACAUUUUUAUGACCUUUUUGUACAUAAUAUCUAUAGAACUCCAAGACUUAUUUCCACUUGUGGCAGAUUGUUUGGAGAACUGGCCAAACUCAAGAAAUGGAAGAUGUAUUCCUCUGAGUCUACUUUGGUUCAUUUUAUUUGAGUUGAAUGUAUAAUAUGUCUAAUUUGAAAUGGGGAUGCCUUGAAUGAAAAUGCAGUAUAAAGCUGAUCAGUUCCUCUGCUUUUAACUAGUGGAAAGGAGACUUUUUUUUCUAUUUAUUUAUUUUUUCUUGAGAUUUGUGCCACUCAAUUAAGUAAACUUAAAGUAUAGUGAAGUCUUUCAAAAAGUCUCCUUUUAAUAAUAGACCAUUUUCCUACUGUAACUUUCUAGGAAGUAUUUCACACAACAUAUUCUUUCUGGUCCCAUGGUUUGUCUUUGUGACCACGACUUGUGCUAUCUUAAAUGUUGAUGUCACUUCAGCAAAAAGUAAAACCCAAGACAUUUAACUCUUAUAAACUAUUUAAUAGUAUUUACAAUGUUAGGUGCUUUAACUGUGAAUAAGUGCCAUACCAAAUCUUAACUUACAGCACUAAUAGGUGUAAAUAAUUAUAUAGGAGACCACUUUAUGGCUUCAUUACAUUAUAAAUAUAGUGGGCUAAAUUCACCCUUAGUGUAACUCCACUGAAGUCAAUUUUGUUAAGUUUGAAUCUUUCACAGUAGUAUUCUACCUCUAAACUAGAGUCUUAAAAAACAACAAUUAGGCCUUGAUUUGUCUUUAUACUUCUCACUAUUUUCUGUGAAGAAUGUUGAGUGGUUAAACUGGUACAAUUCGUAUAUUUUCUAUGAUUGUUUAUACUUACGAAUUUAUUGGUUCUGAUAUUUAGUUUGUACCUCUGAGUUUUGAUUUUUAAAUAAAUUAUUUGUACACUUAUUGGA